GAAACACUCGGGUAACUUUUGUUUUAUUCAUUCCUUCGGAGUCCGUUUUGGAAACAAGUGUAAACAACAAUUAUUGUCGUUAAAAUGGGCAGUUCUCAGAGCGUUUUCACUGAGCAAGAGCUCAACGAUUAUCAAGAGCUGACAUACUUCACAAAGAAGGAGAUACUACAUGUGUUCAAGAGAUUUUCUAUGCUGAAUUCAGAGGCCGUAGACAAGGAUAAGAAUGCAAAACUGAGACGAGACGAAAUACUGGAACUUCCAGAACUAAAGGUGAAUCCAUUUAAAGAUCGUAUUUGUCAAGUUUUUUCAUCCAGCAAAGAUGGUGACAUGACAUUCGAAGAUUUCCUGGACAUGAUGUCCGUCUUCAGUGACAAUGCUCCAAAGAGUGUGAAAGUGGAAUAUGCCUUCAGAAUAUAUGAUUUUGACGAGGAUGACAUGAUUUCAAGUAGAGAUCUGAAAGAAGUUGUUGACAGAUUGACAGGAGAUCAGAAACUGGAGGAUGAAGACAUGCAGCAACUCAUUGACAAUAUAUUUGAGGAGGCAGAUUUAGAUGACGAUGAUUCUCUCUCAUUUGCUGAAUUUGAACAUGUCAUAUCAAAAGCUCCUGAUUUUGUUAAUUCAUUCAGGAUACGGCUUUAGGACACCACAGUGUUGUGAACUGAUGGACAUAAAAAAGAAAUCCUUACCUGAAGCAUUCCUGAGAUCUGUUUUCAUGGCAAUCCAACAAUCACUUUGUUAAUUAAUCAUGCUCAGAAAUCUGUGAUCUUUCAAACUCAUCUCCAUCUUUAGUACAAAUGUAGAUAUAAAUAUUGGAAACUCUCUUGGAAGUCAUUUUAGUCAGCAAUUUAAUUUUUAUAAUUUUACCUUUUUUCCCAAAUCAGAUGUUGUGUCUAAAGCAAAACUAUGGACAUUUUUUAUCUUCAGUGCGAACAUUAAAGGGAAAUAGUAUUCCUGUCAGACAGACACGAGGAUAUCAAAAAUUUGGAAAGUAGACUGGUCUGCUUUCACAGUACAUUUUAGAAAUAAAUGAAUGUGUUCAAUAAUUUCAUCAUAAAUUGGUAGGAAAUCAAGCUUGGACUGGUUGUGAUUGUGUGUGACAAUAAAAUUAUGUAAAUAUGUAACCAGACUGUGAUAUAUAUUUUUAUGUUGUCUUGUCCUAGAGUCUAAGAUUAUAAAACAAGAGUUUGGAGACCAGUCUCAGAAAGCAGCUCUGCCAUUGGUCAGUUUCAGAAUUGAUGUCAGUAUGAACCAGUCAAAAGCAGCAGUUUAGAGACUGGUUUCAAAUUUCAGUUUUAUAUACUUCUGCCCUGCACAUUUAUUAUAGUACUCUCAAACGCUAUAGAGGGCCUUUGAUAUAUCAGUUUAUUGUUUCACAAUUUCUGCCUUGGUAUUUUCUGUUCAUGUUUAUGUGUUAUGUGAUAUGAAAACUUACAGAAGUGUUAACAUUACAUUUUGUCAUGUUUUCCCUUUCAUGUGGUAUUAUAUACUAUGGCAAUGGAAGAAUUAAAUUAACUUAGUAUAAUAUAGCCAGCACUUUCCAAUAUGAAGCAUAUUUCCAGGUACACUGGACCUUUCAGCUCAGCACUGCAACAUCUUAUAUUAGGUUUUAUUUUAACACAACAUUAAGGGCUGUCAAAAUUGUGCUAUCUCGUACUGAUUCAUUUUUAAAGAAUUUAUAAGUUACUUCAACUGUCCACUGUUUUACUGAUAUUAUGUUAAAAUGUGUUAUACGGACACAGAAAAAAAUGUACAUAUAGUUCAUUACACAGAUCAAUAGUUUAAAAGCUUAUGUAUAGAUGUGUCUUUUUUUUUCAUCAAAGAUUCUUUUGUGUGAAAGGUUGCAGGCUGACCUUUAACACAUCUGUGGUGUUCAUUUUAGAAAUCCUAUGCACUAUUAUUCGUAGUUCCAUUCAUGUUUCAGUUAGAUCAUGUUUUAUAUUCUUUGUUACACUCUUUCAAUAAAUGUUUAUUACAAAAGCUCUUAAAA